ACACUCAAUCCGUACUGAGAUCUCACCCACUUCAGCGACUUGUGUCCCUCAUCAUCUACAUAGCCAUCUAACAUUCUCGUCUCUCCAUCCCUCAUUCGGAUCAUUGUCUCGCACUGCGUCUGAAAGUGACGGCCGCUCACGUACAUAUUUGUCGACUUCAUACUCCACCACUCCUCACCACACUUGGACACACGCAUUCGACCGCACAUGACUGAUACGAAGGCCAUGUCUCGCGCCCUUGGUGCGGCCUUCCUCAACCACCAAGUGGAGCAGCUCGAGAAGAGCGCCGCAUCCUCAGCCAACUGGCGUGCCCGUUCAUCUCAUCAAGCUUCGAACAAGCGUAGGCCGGUUCAGAUUACCGACAACAGUAACAGUAAAGCUGCCAAUCCGAAAACGCCGACCAAGAAGUUUCAAAACGUUAAUACCGGUCCCUUGGCGAUAGCGGCAGCCGCCCGCCUCUCACUUGAAGACACCAAAGAGAAGGAUGCGGAAUCGGGUGUGGUGGUGAUUGUGGUGGAUGCAAGUGUCCUUGUGCAUGCACUGCAUCAACUGAAGCGGUGGUCCCGCGAUGGACGAAAGGAAACCGUCAUCAUUCCACUCGAAGCUCUCAACACUCUCGAUCUGCUCAAGAAAGGGACUUCUCCCGUAGCUCAGCGGGCUCGGGCAGCAUCACGUUUCUUGGAGUCUCAAGUGGGCUCAAAUCCGCGCAUUAAGGUCCAACAAGACGACGCUUUUGUUCCCUGGGAUGCUCUCUCUUUUGUUGCCAAGGACGCCAACGCUGAAGCCACCGACAUCGCUCCUGAAUGGGUGCGUCGCACCAUCUGUUGUGCGCGAUGGGAAGUCGAUGCGUACAUCGUUGACUCGAAGCAAGAUCGGAAGCGUACGAAUAUCUCCGAGGUCGCCGUCGCCGUACUUUCUUCCGAAGGAGUUCACGUAAACCCUGUUGAAGGAGCUGGCAAGCAUGAGCCCAGGACGACGGGUAAUCUUGUGUCGCAGUGGGCCAAGCUAGCCGGUAUCAGGGUGCUGCACAUCGAAGCUUCUGCACCCAAUGCCAAUCCAAAUCAUGGCAGUGCCAGCACCAACCCUGCUAGCCGUCCCCGAUCGGGCACGCAGCCCUCUCGUAGAGGCGGCGGUACCGGGGGUGCGAAUCUUGUGGAGCGACCUGCCGCUGCUUUGGCUAUGGAAGCUAACGCGGGUGUUGUACGUCUCUUGGCUCGCGGGGAACGUCUCGAGAACGCCGCAGUGUGAGUGCAGUGCAAUGCACUGAUUCACAACCAACGACAAGCAGCGAAUCGGCAACUAUCCAUGAUUGUUGUGGAACAUGAUGCACGGUGAAACGUGUGGUGAUAAACUAACUCAUUGGUCCCAAGCGAACCUCUCUUUGCAGAGCUUCGGUACCCCACGAUUUCUCGUUCCUAGUUCGGCAAUCCAAGGCUGCAUCAAGAGGACGUUCCAUGGUUCUGAGAAACGAACAGCGUGUCGGCUUCAUAUCUCUGCUUGCCGGUCCUGGUGCCGGAUGUGACUGCAAACUUUCUCUCUCUGUUACGUCCCUCUAUCCUUGCGUAUGAUCGAUCUCCUUAGUCUCUGUUUCUCCAUCACCUAUGCCCUUAAAUCCUCUUUGUGUAUGGUAAAUCGACGAAUUUCUCGUUGUGACUCUCCUAUGUAGCUGUUUGGAUAAUGAAGCAUUUUCCCUCAGCUGCGAAUAGCACGAAUUGGAGCAAGGCAAGACGACGAUUGCUUCGGGACUGCACAAGAGUAACGGUCGAUUUGGACAUCAAACUCGCUGGAUCAGCGACGUAAGACAUGCAUGCAGCAUGCGUAUAACAGGCGUGGUCACCGACUGGGAUGACGGAUGUCGGAUGGUAAGUCCAUGUCCCUGCUGCUGAGCGUCGGGUUCAUCAACCAUUGCUCUUCCAAUCAUCCACCUGGGGCAGCCCAACUGGCAGUAACAACCCCAAGGUGGCAAGAGGAGAGUCAUAUAGAUGUCAAAUCGCAUCUUGAGAACGGGAGAAAGACGAUUCGAGCUUGUCCAGUCGGUUGCUUUUCUAAACACUGUGGAUCCUAUCUACAUUGCUGUUUCUACAGUUUGGGAAGGAUUUGACACGAGAAAGUCUGUCGCUGACUCAGUAAAUGGAACGAAGCCAGCGUCUGUUCAUGCCGCUAGGCCAACGAUGGGACAUGUCAGUGAGUCAAAAGAGAGUGCCAC